AUGCGAGACCGACUCCAAUUGAUCAUCGAUUUCUUCCGCCAUGUACAUUCGUUGCCCUCUUAUGCGUUCCUCAACGAAGUCUCAAUAACUCAGCGUUGCCUGGAUGGAAGCCUCGACGAAACCCUCCUCUUGGCUCUGCUUGCAAUAUCCUCCUUUCAUCUCAAGUACGCCAAGUAUCACCCAACAUUGACGGCGCAAUGGAUUCAGCAUGCAGAAGAUAUCAUUUGGUCAAAAAUCGAGAAACCCAGGAUUUUCACAACACAAGCCCUGCUUCUUAUCAUCCACUACAGGAUCGAGAGUGGCUCAUUUCAGCGCGCUUACAUGCUGAUGGGUAUAGCUGGUCGUGCAGCCAGCGCCCUGCGUCUGCAAUACGAGAGAAUCGACCUUGGUCCUCUCGCGCAAGAAAUCAGGCGGCGUAUAAUGUGGUGUAUGGCGCUUCUGGACAUGUCUUUCUCAAUCGGUUUGCCAGAAUCUGAGGUUUGCUCGCCGGAUUCUAUCUAUGUACGGGUGCCGUGCAGCGAGGAAGAUUUUCAAACAGAGAGUGAUGACAACGAUCCCUUGAGUCUGGAUGGAAUAUCUGAGAACGGGUUGCUCGCCACGUCCAUUCGAAUAACGCUGAUCACGCGUGACAUCAUAAGGCUCAUGCGACAAGUCCGGCUGUCAUCACAGCCGAUGCCACAACUAUCUGAUCUCGUAGAGGAAUUUGGCAGAAUGCUGCAACAGCUGGAAAUCCCGCCAUACAGUGCCCAGGAACUUCAACGCUUUGCAUCUUCAAAAUGGCUUGUCCGAUUUUUGACAGUACAGCUUUCCUGGCAUCAAGCUCACUGCGACGCAUACAGACUCUUUCUUUCGGGCUAUAGGGAGGCGGCUCCUGAAGUUGUCCUCGCAUCACAGCCGCAAUCUUAUAUCGCCAUGGCUGCAAGAACCUGCUUGUAUCACGCCAAAGCCAACAUUGAGAUCUUGAAUGAUUUCUCCAGACUUGCGGUCUGUCCAUUUGUGGCGGAUUACAGGAUGGCUAUCUGCGGCUAUCAUGCGUGCCGGCUCAUUCUCUUCUUGAGCAAAUCUGACCUGAUACCGUCUGAAACGAAUUUCACUGGGGAAGCCGCGUGCCACCAAGCGUCUGCUAUUCUGACGCUAUUGCAACGUUUGUACAAGGACUCACCCCUAGUGCAGUUUAUCUUGAGGGAUCUUGAGGCCAUGAUCAAGUCAUACGUGGCUGGUGAUUCCGAGCAUGGACGCGACUCUUCUGAACGCGAGGAAAACGAUACCCAGCAACCCCGCUUCGCUGUCACUGUACGAAAACACAAGAGUCUAGGCGUACAUAGCGUGUUCCGACGAGCUGGAUUCGCCGAUGACAGCGCAGAAGCUGGGGAACCAUGUGAGCGCCCUCAAACCCAUAAUAUUCCCCAACCCGAGUCGGGAGAUGCACACGGGAUAGCGAGUCAGCCAUCCGUGGUUGAGCCGGGUCUAGAUGAGGGUCAUAUGGCACUGGAUGUCUUGAUGAGAGCAGCCAUGCUACCAAGCCCAAACUUGGCGGAUCCGCACUUUACCUUCUCGGGUGAGCCUUUUACGCUUGGGCUCUGCGAUACGUUCAAUGAUUGGUCUUUCCAAGGAGGUUUUUCGCCGAGAUCCGAUACUGAUUUCUUGUGA